AUGACUCAUCGUACCACAGGAUUCACGAAUGCUUUCCUCGGUGGCAUGAGGCAGCCCCCAGGGACGUCCACAAAAGGCGAACGUUCGAAGUUGCACACACUCCGAUCCGCGCACGGUUCUCUCGACGAAUCCGGCCUCGUUUAUCGCCACGCAGUCGUAAUCGUCGUUUUCGCGUCUCGAUAUUCCGCGCGAACAGUGCCAGCAAAGAGAGAGAGAGAGAGAAAGAGAGUGACCAAGAUCGCGGGAUUAUUUUUCCUCGCGCAUCGUCGCGCGUGCCGCGACAGCUCGACGAACGGACGGAACAAUCAAGUGACCGAAGAAAAGCAUCGUGGACAGCCGAGAAGUGAAGUGAUGCAAUAUCAACAGAUGUGCAUAUCGACGAUGUCGCCGAUGCCGGGCAUGACGCCGAUGUCCAGCCUGCCGAUGUCGAUGCAUCAGUCCUCCGCGAUGAAUUACGGAGGGCCGAGCUUCCAUUACCAGUCUUACAACCCGUCGCUGGGCAAUCAUCACGGGCAGAAUAAUCAACCGAACUUCUGGUGCGCUGGGUCCAGCAGUCACAGCCAGAUCUCGGAGGCUCUGACACCGCCGGCUUACACUGUGCCCGCCGUGCCGACCAGCACGGUGACGUGGACCGCUCAGACUCAUCUGAAUCAGGGUCCAUUGAGCAUGCAGCAUUAUUCCUUGCCUCCGAGUCCGCCGGGACUUCCACCAGGUAUUCCACCGGGGAUUCCACCGGGGAUUCCACCAGGAAUUCCACCAGGAAUUCCACCAGGAAUUCCACCAGGGCUUCCAACGAGUCGUCUUACGGCGAAUCUUGCGCCGGCGCUACCACCCAGCCCCCACGACCACGCGGGCCACUACCAAUGGCCGCUGACACCGCCGGCGGAGCACCAUUUCCUGGUCACCGAGGAGACAACGAAGUCCGGUCGAAGAUGCACGAGGUGUCGAUGCCCGAACUGCCAAACGGACAACGGGGGUCACGUGGGGCCCGACGGGAAGAGGCAGCACGCGUGCCACGUGCCCGGUUGCGGCAAAUCGUACGGCAAGACGUCCCAUCUGAAGGCGCAUCUCAGGUGGCACACCGGCGAAAGACCGUUCGCCUGCAGUUGGCUGUUCUGCGGGAAAAGAUUCACGAGGAGCGACGAGCUGCAGCGUCAUCUCCGCACUCACACCGGCGAGAAGAGGUUCUCGUGCGCGACCUGCGGCAAAAGGUUCAUGAGGAGCGACCAUCUAACGAAACACGUGAAGACCCACGACAACCAGAAGAGAAGAAACUCGGUGAAGAAAGAGUCGAACAAAGAAAAUUCUCUGCCAGCCGUGGCCGAGGAGAACGCGUACGCUGCGAUCGGCGUGCAGUACGCGAUGAAUUGAGAGGCGCCGUCGUAGUUUGUUGUACAUAUUUUCGUACUCUUCCGUGUAAUUAUUGUACAUAGAGAAACGAAUGUAUAUAUUUUUGUAAAUCCGAUCUGAGACGCGCAGAAUUAAAAGGAGCCAUUCUGUGAGCAAA